UCAGCCACUGACUUUUCCUUGGAUCUGAAUCCAAAAUAUGAACACUGACAAAACUGGUGUCGUCGGAUGUGUAAUUUCACACUCGUGUGUGUUUGUGCUGCAGGAUUUCUAUGAUGAGCAGGGGGUGUUUUCCGAGAGUUUCUGGCCACAGAGCGAGCCUCCUCGAGCCAUGGCCUUCAACCCGAGGGGAAGGGUCAACAAACCUCUGACUCCACCCCCAACCACACAGUCCAUCAACAACCAGCUCCUGUUCCAGUACCCGGUGAGCCAGUCGCAGCCCCCGCCAUUCUACGUGGGUGGGCCCAUGGGCGGGAUUGACAGCAUGACGGGGACUGAGCCCAGUCAGCAGCCUCCGCCCCCAGCGCCGAUGACCCCAGCUCCACCUCCCUCGACUUCCUCCUGCUCUGCUGGCCCCUCCCCUUCCUCCCAGGGAUCUGAGACCUCGUUUGACUGCACGCACUGUGGCAAAUCUUUACGUUCCAGGAAGAACUACAGCAAGCACAUGUUCAUCCACUCUGGCCAGAAACCUCAUCAGUGCUCCAUCUGCUGGCGCUCCUUCUCCCUGCGUGACUACCUCCUCAAACACAUGGUGGUGCACACCGGCGUCAGGGCCUUCCAGUGCUCCAUGUGCGGCAAGCGCUUCACCCAGAAAAGCUCGCUCAACGUGCACAUGCGCACCCACCGUGCCGAGCGCACCUUCCAGUGCAACGUGUGCCACCGGGCCUUCACACACCGCACCUUGCUGGAGCGCCACGCCCUGCAGCACGCCCACCACAACCCCCAGGGCCAAGGCCAGGGGCGUGGAGCCGACAUGACCUCACCUACCAAGCACAGUCCUCCGGCUCUGGGAGGGCCCUCAGGUAUGGCUGGCACAGCUGGCAUGGUCGGCAGCAUGUCCAACAUGCCCAGCCACGGAGCUUCCUCCACCUAGAGGAAGGGGAGGGGAGGUACGGGGGAACAGGGGAGUGAGUUAGCGAGCCCAUCCCUUAUUUGGUCCUGACAGCCUUGCUGAUCUUUUCUUCUGGAGGUUCCCGUCGUUUUAGUGUAACACCACCUUCAAUCAGGGUUCCUACACAAGGCUGGAAGUUUUAACAUUUCAGUAAAUUAACGAGGGGGGUCGGAAUUGCACAAAAAUCUUGUAAAAGUUUGGGAGGGGAGGGGGAGGGGGAGGGGGUGAAUGUAGUUCCCUUUUCAGAAACCCGUUUUAAAUAGUUGUAACCCUGCUGUCGUUUCCUGUGACGUGACAUUAGUUAGUGUGACGACGAAUAAUCAAGCUGUGGA